CACCCCUCCCCCUGGCCCUUGUCUCGCUUUGUUGAGAUGAGCAUUGACCUUCCUUCCUUCCUUCGAAUCAACAUAAAAGUCGAGCCCUAGUCCGCAUUUUCAAUGCUGUUUGACUUGCUCCGCACAUUGUAACCCCAUUCAUUCAGUCCUCCAAGUAGCCUUGUGAAAGAAAGACUAACAUCAUGACCCCCACUCUCAGGCUAUUCGAGCUCGUCGACGGCAAGACCCGCACGAUCUCGUUUUCUCCAGCAGUCUGGCGUGCCAAGUUUGCACUCAAUCACAAAAAGGUCACAUACGAGUCCGUACCUCUCACCUUCCUUGAAAUACCAACAGCAAUCCCCUCUGCCUGCCCAAACGUAACCGCCCCCACCGUGCCGACGUUGCAACUUGAGAGUGGCCAGGGCUUGCCUGACAGCCUCGCGAUUGCAGAGUAUCUGGAGGAGAAAUAUCCGGACCGACCCCUGCUCUUUGGCAAAAGCCCAUCUGAAAAGAACUUGCAGAGAUUCUUUGAGUCGUAUGUGCAGUCAAAGAUCCAUCCAGCCAUUCAGCGGAUGGUUUUCCAGGACAUGUACGAUAUGCAGGACGCAGAAAACGCUCAUUACUUUAGGAUGUCGCGCGAAAAGAGCUCUGGAAGGCCUUAUCAGGAGAUCGCUGGUGACCGAAAUGCGAAUCUGAGGGAGCUCAAAGAGAACCUGGGGCUCAUCCAUACUGCAUUGCGAUCGGGUGGCUGGAUUUUAGGAGCGCAGCCCGGGUGGGCGGAUUUUGUUCUCAUGGCCAGCUUUGUUUGGUUCAACGCAUGUUCGCCCAAGGAUUUUAAGGAGGGCAUCUUGGAGGGCUUUGACGAUCAGGUCAUCCCUAACUACUGGAUCAAAGUGCAGCAAUAUGUUUAUUAGAGUCCUCGCUAGAAAGUCGCAGGCCAACAACAUAUUUUUGAAAUAGUUGGCUCAAUUCAGUAAAUAAGGCGCCCUUUUCAUGUACAAAGCUGACAGCCAGGCGCGUCCACUGCUGUAUGCAUGUACCUGAUUAUAUUCUCAAUUAUGAAAGAGAUGACGGCGCCGGUAAAGGUGCAGAGACUAGAUGACCAUUAAAG